AUGGAGGAUGCCGACGAGGACAUGGUGCUGUGCAACGGCAUCGGCUUCGGCGAGAAGAAGCGGCGGCUGAGCACGGAGCAGGUGCGCGCGCUGGAGCGGAGCUUCGAGACGGAGAACAACAAGCUGGAGCCGGAGCGGAAGGCGCGGCUGGCGCGGGAGCUGGGCCUGCAGCCGCGGCAGGUGGCCGUGUGGUUCCAGAACCGGCGCGCCCGGUGGAAGACGAAGCAGCUGGAGCGCGACUACGCGGCGCUGCGCCACUCGUACGACGCGCUCCGCGCUGACCACGACGCGCUCCGGCGCGACAAGGACGCGCUGCUCGCCGAGAUCAAGGAGCUGAAGGCGAAGCUGGGCGACGAGGACGCCUUCUCGUCGGUGAAGGAGGAGCCAGCGGCGUCCGACAUCGAGGCCCCCGCCGCCGGGGCGGCCAUGGCGGCGCAGGGGUCGUCCGACAGCGACUCCAGCGGGGUGGUGAACGAUGCGGAGACGACGCCGGAGAAGCCUCCUUCUCCUCCGGCGGUGCCCGCCGAGGCGGCGGCGGUGGCCGGUGCGUCGGCUCCGCAGCUCCAGCUCCAUCACGGCGAGGUGUUCUUCCACGGGCACCUGCUGAAGGUGGAAGAGGACGAGGCGGCGUUCCUGGGCGACGACGACGCGGCGUGCGGGGGCUUCUUCGCGGACCUGCAGCCGCCGCCGUUGCUGCCGUGGUGGACCGAGCCUACGGACCACUGGGCCUAG